AUGUGGGAGAAGGAAAGAAAAGCCCUGUUAGACUUCUGGAUGAAGAAGUUUGAGCAAGAAAAAGAGGCCAAGGAGCAUUUAUUGAAACUCCUCCGCAAAGAGCCGACUGUUUCCAUCAAUGUGGAUGAACUGACCAAUGUCCUUGGGGCAGAGCCGAGGGUCAGACGGAUCCAAGGUGCAGACAACCACAAAGGUCAGCGCUAUCAGAUUGAGCUGGGGACUUCUGAGGACUUGGACCAUGAAGCCGAGUUCUACAAAGCCAUCAUCACAGUCACAGUAGGACAUGAUCUGGAAGAACUGGAGGUUAAACCUGCUGUGAGUGUUGUAGAUGAAGAAACAGCUCCUUCAGGGACACAGGCUGAGGCUGAGACUGCUGUGGACCACAGUCUGGAGUCUGACGCUAACCUCACAGACACAGCCGUGGAGAACCUCAGCACGGAGAGAGAAAUCCUCAAUGAGACUGUUUCUGCUGUAGAAGCCCCUCUGUCAGUGCUAAAUGCUGCACUGGAUACAGUCUCAGGAGCACCAGCUUUAAAGGCCGACUUUCCUCAGGUCAUAAAAAACAAAAAGAAGAGGAAAAAUAAGAAGGCCGCAAAGCUAAUCAUUAGAAGUACACAGCAGGUCCAGGAGCCAACUGAGACCCAGACCGCCGAGGCUUCUGAGGACUUGGACCAUGAAGCCGAGUUCUACAAAGCCAUCAUCACAGUCACAGUAGGACAUGAUCUGGAAGAACUUGAGGUUAAACCUGCUGUGAGUGUUGUAGAUGAAGAAACUGCUCCUUCAGGGACACAGGCUGAGGCUGAGACUGCUGUGGACCACAGUCUGGAGUCUGACGCUUACCUCACAGACACAGCCGUGGAGAACCUCAGCACGGAGAGAGGAAUUUUCAAUGAGACUGUCCCUGCUGUAGAAGCCCCUCUGUCAGUGCUAAAUGCUGCACUGGAUACAGUCUCAGGAGCACCAGCUCUAAAGGCUGACUUUCCUCAGGUCAUAAAAAACAAAAAGAAGAGGAAAAAUAAGAAGGCCGCAAAGAAUACCAUUAUAAGUACACUGCAGGUCCAGGAGCCAACUGAGACCCAGACCGCCGAGGCUUCUGAGGACUUGGACCAUGAAGCCGAGUUCUACAAAGCAAUCAACACAGUCACAGUAGGACAUGAUCUGGAAGAACUGGAGGUUAAACCUGCUGUGAGUGUUGUAGAUGAAGAAACAGCUCCUUCAGGGACACAGGCUGAGGCUGAGACUGCUGUGGACCACAGUCUGGAGUCUGACGCUAACCUCACAGACACAGCCGUGGAGAACCUCAGCACAGAGAAAGAAAUCCUGGACACACACAAGCCCCUCUGUCAGUGCCCAAUGCUGCACUGGAUACAGUCUCAGGAGCACCAUCUGUAA